AUGGAUCUGCGCAGUGUGAGUAGUCCCGUUGACAGAUGCAUGUACUGUUUACAAUACAAGACCGGUCGCAUUUCCAGGUGCAAUCUGCCUUCGUUGAACCGUCGGAAAGUGGCCAUAGCGAGGCUGAAGCAGCCGGCAAACAUGGGCUCCACGUCACACGAAGUUCGACUUUUCAUCCUCGUCCUGUGCCCCAGCAAGGCGGUGAGUGAAAAUUCCGGCAAUAUCCGGCCUGACAUGGAGUGCACCGUGGGGGGAAUCAUGCUUGUUAGGGCGAGUUCUCUUGUUACGCGAGGAUCGCGUCGCGGGGGAAAGAAUGGGGCGCCAGGAUUCAUCAGUCAGCCGUGUGGUGGCUUCAGUAUGCCCUGGCAAGAGACAAGUAUUUUUGGCCGCCCCGAUUCUCUCCUGACCGUUCUGCGCGAAGCCAAGAACAUCAUCAGCUCCAGGGAUUACCCUUAUAUGGGGGAAAUCCUCAUGGGAAGCAAUAUGGCCCACAGGAUUGAUGACUUUCAACAUGUGGCAUUUGGUUUCUGA